CAUGCCAGUAGAGCAGCUUUGCUCCAGUGGCUUUUGCCCUGCAUUGUUCUUCCUCAUUUUCUGAUCGGGCGCCAGCCGGAACCUGGAAUUAUGCUGAGCAUAAAGCAUCUAGCCUCUCCAAAUUCAGAGAAGCAACAAUUAAUGGAGCUGGUAAACUGGUCUCUUUUCUUCGGCCUCUCAAUCUGGGCCUUCCUGAUCACAAUCUCGCGCGUCAUCAUGUCUCGUCAUUAUUUAACAGAUGUCAUUGCUGGCUACCUUAUUGGCCUUGUAGAGGCAGGAUUCUUGAUUUUCGGCAUGAAUUGGGGCACCCUGACCGACGAGGUCACAGUGUGGUUGACUUCUUAUUUAGCUUGGCCUAUUAAACCGAAUUAA